AUGUCUUCAGCUGCGCUUGAUUCCCAAAGCCACAACAUGCCAGCACGUGUAGCUCGAUGUGCAGGUGCAGCUGGUGGGUCCCAACCACCACACGAGGAUCCAUCCAAACUUCCCUUGCAAUGCGAGUCGGCACAGCCAGGUGCUGGCAGAAAACGCAAAGGGCGAGGACCCGCCAGAGGAAUUGAGAUCCUCCGUCGGCUGGUGCAUGGUAGGAUCCAUGUUGAUUUCGACGAGGAGGGUGGGACUUGGAAAGCCUUAGGCGAUGAUGGGCCACUGUACGACAGUGCAGUUGGGAUUUUGACCCGCUACUACUGCAAGCCCAUUUAUGAUAGCUGGGCUGAGGUGCCAAUCGAGCAGCGUGUGCAGGUCCUGGAGAGGUUGCUGGAUUGGUUUGAUAUUGAUUAUCACUAUCAGCAAGGGGUAUACAGUGAUAUGGUGCAGCGUGAUGCAAUGAAAUGCUAUCGAGAUUGGAAAAGUGAUUUGCACGAUCACUUCAAAAAAGUAGGUGGCGUGGCGGAUCCAGGUGCCGCCAAACAAAAAGUACCCAAAAACAUUCGAGACCGUCUGCACUGGGAGCUUUGCUGUGAAAGAUUUUCAUCUGAAAAAUUCAAGCGGAAAUCAAAAACAAAUUCAAAGAAUCGCGCAGAGCAUUCGUGGGAGAGCAAGCACGGCCGCAUAUCAUAUGCUCAACACCGAUCGAAGAAGGUGGACCCGGAGACACUGGAGCCCAUAUCUCGGAUUGACAAUUGGCGAGACAUGCACAGGGACGGACGUGCUUGGGUGAAUCGCCGAGCACAGGAGACUUACCAUCAUCUCCAGGAAAGAGCCGAACAGGCAGCAGCAAGUAGCAGUGGACGUGUGAACGAGCGUGCAAUAAUGGAGGAGACUUUUGGCCGGAGAAGAGGCCACAUGACUGGCGUGGGCCCCAGCCUCUCUCGUAGGGCCCCAACCGCAGCCCCACAAGAACCCGUGCUGCUGCCUUGGGGUUUGGACUUGCAGAACGCGAGGCGAGACCAGCUGGUCAGCCUAGUCGAGCACUUGAUUGGGCUGCUAAGGCAGUGGGCCCCCAACGUGCAGAUUCCCCAAGUCUUUCCUCGGCCAUCUGGUGGGCCGCCGUCCUCGUCCAAUUCGCGUAACCCAAACAGGUUCAACGAUGGUGCUGAGGAUUUCGAUUUGAAUGAUUAG